CACAAAGUCACAUUUAAUUUUGUGUGACCCGGAAAUAAGAGUCAUACUUAAGCAAUGGGGCUAUUUGUUUUGGUUCAUUUUUUGGGCUUAAUAUUUAGUUGCUCUUCUCUUAGAAUUCAUCUCAUGUUCAAAAACAAUUUAUCUGACUUUCUUGUGAUAUUCCGAAAGAUCCGAUCUUUUUGAUAUUCCUCUGUUGACUGUAUCACCGCCACCCGCGUUUUCAAACUCAAAACACUUAUUGGGCAAAGCUCAAAUGAGUGAGAAUACCUUUGAAUUUCAACUACUUUGUUCUAUACUCGGCUUUCCAAAAUCCGAAAUGAGCGAUUUUUGUUACCAGCCUUCGAGAGUUGUGAGGUACGUCGAGUUUGCACGACACGAGAUCCCACGUCAGCCGUGAUUGUGAUUUACUCGGAAUCCGAUCCCGAAGCUUGACCUCAUGACGAAUUGUUCUUAUCGCCUCAUUCUUUUCUUGUAUAUUGACAUGAGAUCAUCACUGAUAUUCCUUCGAUUCCCAGAUUCUCCAAGGUCUCAUCACGAAGUGUUUCACCAAAACCAAGAAAGAUGCCGGCUUCUUUAUAUUGCACCUCAACAACACUAGCUCCAUCUGUGUCAUCAGUCCUUCCCACUUCUCCACCAUCCACUUCUUACGAUGGCCUCCCUACCCCACCUCCAACGCCAACUAAGUCUUCGGGUCCAAUUCUUGGUUCGGAUGUUUCCGACUUGGUAACAUCUACAUCUAAACAUGUCAAAUCGAUACCCUCACUAUACACCCUCCCAACCGAAAUUCUUCUCCAAGUCAUCUCUUACCUCCCAACUGCCGCUUACCCGUCUCUCAUCCAAACCUCUCAUCAGCUCCAAGGACUUUUCAACAAUCACGCCUCUUCUAUCAUCGCAACACAGAUUCAAACCCAUCACUCUCAUACGACAUCUCUCCUCCAAGCUACCUUUAGCGCUGAAGACUCAUCCGGGAACUUAUGGCUUGUCCCUACCCACCCAUCGGUCCUCCUUGCCGAAGAGGGCAUGUGGGAUCAGGAGGGCUCCGUCGACACCCUCCAGACUCUUGACUACGGGCCAAGAACAGCAAUGAAACAAUCCCUACGACUCACCCAACCAGGUCCUCAAUUCCUCCUGUUCUUAGAAAGAAGAGGGUGGGAGAUUGACACCAGAUUCGCAAUGAUGUCUCAGCUCCAACAAGUUAGCUCUGAAGAGAGGCUGCAAAGCGAAGAGGCUCUGAGCUGGGCUCUGGAACGUUAUAGUAUCCGACCUUUUCUAUCUGAGUUGGCUUCGUUUGUUGGCUUCGAUAUGCCUGCAACCAAUAACGCCAGGAACGUCGAGACCAGAGCUCACAAGGCACCCAAACAACCAUCACUCGGUUCUAGAAUGAGAAACAAAUUUCGUGGUGCAAAGCUCACGGUAUUUCCCAAGCCCACUCCCCCACAACAAGAGGUUGAAAAGCGUUCCCUCCUCUUCGGCGAGGUCGAACCAGAAGCAAACACCAUCAGCGCUCCAACAAGUCCCAUCUCAACGGAAAAUUGCACAGUCAGAGAAAUUGAGAGUACAUCACCAAGACCUUUGUCUCAUCGCCAUCCAUUCACAGACUCCCUCGGUUGGUACUUUAACAUGAAUCAUGUCGUCUUAAAUAAGGACUCAUCUGCUCCCGUAACGGUAUAUGAUUCUGAGGAAGUGGAAGAUGAUGAGGAUAUGUUUGAGCUCGGCGAUUUGUAUGUUGAGAAGGGUGUGAAAGCCAGUCUUUGGAGAUGGAGGAGGGGUGUGGAGAAGAAGGUUGCGAGGGGGAAAAAGAGUGUUGGCGGGUUCUUUAAGGGGUUGAGGUGUGGGACUUCGGAUAGUUUGAGGUCUGAUGUUAUCUGAUUGGUAUAUGAUUGGAGUUAGUUCACAAUGUGGGUUUAUUGGGCUAGGGCCGAGGGCUGGGGACUUGGAAAGGUACAGCACAUCUCGUCACGGCGUUGUUUAGCGAUGCAUUGUUUUGGAAUGGAUUUGGACCUUGGGGUUUCGGUCUGGGGAAGGAUGCAUUCGGUACACGGUCUGCAUGGCGAUUCGAGUAUACCGAUUGUAAUUGUACUGGGGAAGCGCUGGUCUCGUUUUCUAUCCACUUUCCCACGUGGCUGGGUUUUCAUUAUAUCGCAGA